AUGAACAGUUUUGAAAUCGAUUUGAUGAAGUAAGUAAAGUUAAAUUACUUAAACUAUGAAGUGUAAAAGUGCAUAGAUGUAGUAGAUUAGCAUGAUUAAGAUAGAAGUUUGCUUUGCCAUUAAACUCUUUAAUUGUAUAAAACUUUAAGCUUAUUUGAACUUUCAUAGUUUAAAUAAGCUAACUAAUGUUUUCAAAAAAUGAUUGAAGAAAGGGAAAAGAUUAAGGGAGAUAAAGUAGAUAGUAUUGAUGUUUUAACAACUGUAUUGUGCUUAAUUUAGAUAUUUUACAUAAAUGUAGUACAAACAGAGAUGAUCAAUCAAACUCUUUUGAAAAUUUAUGAAGCUUAUAGAGAGCAAAACGAAAAUAAUGAAUCCUAUGAAUUAGGAAUUUAUCUUUUAGGAAAAGGAACAUAUUAGUAUUUUAAAACCAAUAGAGAAGAAGGAAAUUUGUAAUGUAUAGCAGACUUAGAAAAAGCUCAUGAAUUAUUAGAUGAUUAUAAGCAAGAUAUUAUGAGUUUUUUGACAUGGAUUUAUUAUAACAAACAAAAAAUUGACGAAGCAGAGAAAUGGGGUUAGCUUUUGUACAAUCUAAACCCAAAGUUUCCAGGAAUCGCAAAUAACCUUGCUAUAAUAUUUAAUUAAAAAGGGCUUAAUGAAAAAGUUGAGUAAUUAUAUAAGGAGGCUGAGUAGAAUUGCCCAAAUAAUCAUGUUAUCCUACAUAAUUUGGCCAAUUAUUAUAGUGAAAAUGGAAACCCAUAAAAAGAGUAAGAAUAUUACAAAAGGUCUUAUGAUAUUUAGCCAAGAUCAGCUUAGUCUUGCCAUAAAUAUGGUAGGUUUUUAUAUUUGAAUGACUAAAUAGAUGAAGCCAUAAAAAUUCUUAAUGAAGGAAUUAGUAUUGAUCCAGAAAUUUUAGAAAAUUAUGAUACACUAGCUCAAAUUGCAAUAGAUAGUGACGAUGCUGACACUGCAAUAACAAAUUUAAAUAAAUGUAUUGAGAUUAGUCCUGAAGAUGGUUAUUAUUAUAGUAAGUUAGGUGAUUGCUAUGAAGUAUUCGAAAGAUAUGAAGAGGCUAUAGUAUAAUAUAGAUUAUCAUAGCAAAAAUAAAAUUAUCAAUAUGUCUCAAUAAUGUGCAAUUCCAAUAUAGCUUUCUGUUACUUUAGGUUAGGCAAAUACUCCAAUUCUCUGGAGGAAUUUUUUAAUGCAUUUAACAAAUAAAGUUCCUAUUAUAAUUACAGCAAUGAAAUUUAAAAUAUAAAUUAUAUAAUAAACAAAAAGCUUGUAGCUCUCAAAAAGGUAAUAGAAAUUAUCAAUAAAUAGCAAGAAAAGUUUAUUUUAAAAAUUGAAUAAAUAACAAAAGACAUAGCUGAUAACAAUAUAAAAGGUCUUUUCUAAUAUAAAUUGGAUACCUUUAGAGAGCAUCUUUAGAUUUAAGCAUAUAAAAAAUACAUAUAAGAAAAUUUAACCUUUUAGUCUUAAUAUUCUCACUUUGAUUUGUAUUUGGAUUGA